AAUUAUAAAGAAUAGAUUGGAGAUUAUUUUUUCUGUGUUGUACAUGCUUUCUGCAAGCUAUGUUGCAAAGAGUAAAAAAGUGGUGGGGACAAAAUCAGCUUUAGUUUUUUUUUCCUUUUUUUUUUUCUCGAAAAAAGUUUUUUUUCAGAGAUAAACGUAAUGGGGGUGGGGCAGGAUAACUAGAUAAAUGUGGCAGUACUUGCUUUACAUCUCAUUAGAAACCUGACAGUUGAGGAAACAGCAGUCAGAUCACAGACCAGAAGAUAUGAAGUUUAACACAGCUUUUGCCGGAUUCAUACUUCUCAACAUAGCAGGUUCCCUCUGCCAGUCAGAUGUAUGUGGCCAAGCCCCCCUCAACACAAAGAUUAUUGGAGGGGAGGAUGCAGCAGCAGGGUCUUGGCCGUGGCAAGUCAGCAUUCAAAGUAACAAGUACCCAUUUAGCGGCCAUUUCUGUGGUGGGAGUCUAAUCAAUAAAGACUGGGUUUUAUCUGCAGCUCACUGCUUCCAGAAGGUAGGUGCAUCUGACAUAUGGAUGUACUUCGGGCGUUGGAGACAAUCAGGCUCAAACCCUAAUGAGACAUACAGGACAGCAAGUCGAAUUAUCAACCAUCCCAAUUAUGAAGGUGAUGUUACUCAUAACAACGACAUAGCACUGGUCCAGCUCUCCUCCUCUGUGAAUUUCACUGACUAUAUUAAGCCAGUCUGUCUGGCGGCUGCUGGUAGUGCAUUUGCUGGAGGUACAGAGAUCUGGGUGACUGGAUGGGGAAAUCUACAGACAGGAGGCCCGGCUGCUAACAUACUGCAGCAGGUGAUGUUGCCAGUUGUGAACAACAGUGAAUGUAAUAAUGCUUAUGUGGGCAAUCCGAGCAUAACGAGCAAUAUGAUUUGUGCUGGAUUUUUAAAUGUGGGAGGGAAAAGUUCAUGUCAGGGAGACUCUGGAGGUCCAGUGGUCAGGAGGAACGGCUCCCUGUGGAUUCAGUCCGGCAUUGUGAGUUUUGGUCCAAAACAAUGUGAUAAUCCCAAAUAUCCCAGUGUGUACGCCAGAGUUUCUCAGUACCAGGAUUGGAUCAAGUCUUACACGGGCAGCAACCCACCUGGAUUUGUUGAAUUCAACUCGAGUGGAUUCAGAAGUUCACUCAACGUCCUUUUAUUGUCCAUUCCUUUCACCUUCUCCCUAUAUCUCUACUCCUAAAGAUUGUUUGAACUGUAAUUCUCAAGGUUCUUUAAUGAAGAGGAUAGUUGUGCUGUACAUGCUCUCAUAAAGAGGUAAAAAAAGAGGAGUUAUAUUGUUGUCAUUUAUUCAUUAUCUUUUCAAAAAUGUACUAUUCUUGAAAAGCUACUCUUAUUGACAUUAUAAAAGCAUAAACUAAGUUCAGCAUGCUUGUGUACUCUGAGAUUCAGGAUGUUUGCAUAACUAAUAGACAUCAACUGAUAUUGUUUUUUUUAAUAACAAAGCCUAUUAUUUGGGUCUAUGUGUCUGAUAACCAAUAUGUAUAACAGUUUUAUGGUUUGAAGCUCUGCAAUGUGAUCAGGGAUACUUCUUGUAAAUGUAAUCAAUUACCAUGUUGUAAUCACACCGUUUUAACAGAAUAAAUACAAAAGAAUGAACUUGA